ACGUCCCUCCCCUUUUCUUCGGGCCACCCUUUUUCCCCCUGACUGUUGCCUUCGUCAGUCCCGGGACGGAUUGUUUUUCCUUUCGCCAACGCCAAAUGCUGUUAUAUCCUGUCACUCUUAAAGUCCUUUGAAGCGGGCGGACGAAUCAGGAAGGAGGGAGGCGGACCCUGGGAGUCGCCGGCUGCGAGCGGGGUCAUUCACUCAGUCCGAGCAAAGGCAGCGCCGGAUCUUGAUUCUGCACAUCUCCCCAACUUCCACAGCAGGAUGACGCGGGACGUGGGUCUAGAUGAUGAGCUUCCAGACUGGGCUGGAGCCAAAGAAUUCUACCAGAAAUAUGACCCCAAGGAUGUUAUAGGCAGGGGUGUGAGCAGUGUAGUCCGGCGAUGUAUACACAAGCAGACAGGCCAGGAGUAUGCGGUAAAGAUUAUCGAGGUCACCCCAGAACGCAUGACCCCGCAGCAGCUGGAGGAGGUGCGCGUGUCGACGGGCAAAGAGAUUGCCAUCCUGCGCCAGGUCUCAGGUCACCCUUACAUCAUUACUCUUAUAGAUUCCUAUGAGUCCUCCGCCUUCAUGUUCCUGGUAUUUGACUUGAUGAGACGUGGGGAACUGUUUGACUACCUUACAGAGAAGGUGACCCUCAGCGAGAAGGAGACCAGGUGUAUCAUGCGAGCCCUCCUGGAGGCUGUGAGCUACCUGCACGCCAGUAACAUCAUCCAUCGAGACCUCAAGCCUGAGAACAUCCUCAUGGACGACCAGUUGAACAUCAAGCUCUCCGAUUUUGGUUUCUCCUGCCAUUUGGAGCCAGGGGAGAAGCUGAGAGAGCUCUGUGGAACCCCUGGCUACCUGGCCCCAGAGAUCCUGAAAUGCUCCAUGGAUGAGACUCACCCUGGCUAUGGGAAGGAGGUGGACCUCUGGGCCUGUGGAGUAAUCUUUUUCACCCUCCUGGCUGGUUCUCCCCCUUUCUGGCACCGCAAGCAGAUGCUGAUGCUUCGGAUGAUCAUGGAGGGGCGAUACCAGUUUGGCUCUCCAGAAUGGGAUGACCGAUCUGACACAGUCAAGGACCUGAUCUCACGACUUCUGCAGGUGGACCCAGCGGAACGGUUGACAGCUGAGCAGGCUCUACAGCAUUCCUUCUUCCAGCGCUAUGGGAACCGUGAGGUCCGGCGUUUUAGUCCCUAUCACAAAUUCAGGGUUAUUGCAUGGACUGUCCGGGCCUCCAUCCGCAUCUUCUCCAACUACCGCCGGGUGCGGCCAGUCACCAAGGAGCUGCUGCUGUGUGACCCUUACGCUCUCAAGGGGGUCCGCAAGCUGAUUGAUGCCUGUGCCUUUCGCAUCUACGGGCACUGGGUCAAGAAGGGUGAACAGCAGAACCGUGCUGCGCUCUUUGAAAAUGUCCCCAAGGCCAUCCAGCUGGUUUUGCUGGGUGCAGAGGGAGAGGAGGCCCCCUCAUCCACUAUGGACAACCUUCCCAACUAGCUACCUCUGCUGUUGUUGCUUACGCAACUGUGGGAUCGCUGGGUCCCUGGUACUGUACUAGAAGGAGGCCUGGGCCCCUCAGAGAACUGCCGUACUCAUACCUUCCGGGAAAAUGACAGGUCACAGAACCUUCCUAUGGGAGACAAUUGACUGUGCAUGCAGAAGGGGUCCAAUCUUGUGGCGAACGGAGACUUUGUGUCGAGGAGAGUGUGAUCUUGUGUUUGUGGCUAAUGAGAACAAGAGCCCUCCUAAUGUUGGGCUGAGGGACCCUUGAUCUGCAUGUGAGAAUACCAAUAUUGUUUGAUAUGUAAGGAUGUGGGGGGAGCACUGGGGGAGAGGGGUUCUUUGUGUCUCUGUGCAGCAGCCAUCGGCCUUUCGCACACUUCUUUCCAAAUAAGGAGGCAGCCUACCUCUUGCCCCUUGCCGCCAACUUUCCCACUGCUGGGCAAAUAGGGAUCAUGUAUGGCCAGUAUGGCUGAGCUGGGGCCCAAGAGCGGGCAGGAGGAAAGACUGGAUUAGAUGCUGCAUGCCUCCUGCUCCCUAUUAAGGGGAAUUGGGGAUUAGCCCUUCUCUGUAGAAUUAUGUCUUCUUGGUUGUGACAUCCUCAUUUAUGUUGGAAUUGGAAUAAAAGUUGAAUGUGACCAAAA